GAGGCAGGGAGGCAGACAGGCAGGGAGGGAGUGAGAGAGUGAGUGAGACAGCCUGAUUGGAAUAAACGGCUCGUCAGAGGUCUGGGCCGAAAACGUAAUGAUGGGGAGCAAUGACUGAAAAGGCAACGGAUUCUCUGCUUCUCCAGAGUCUUCCUUUACUCUGCUGCCACUGAAGCCAUGGACUAGAUCAGCGUUUGAUCCUGGCGGUCCUGUGGUCAUCAGAUGGCUUCUCACCAACUGUCAGCAAAGACUCUGGAUAUGAGAACGUGAAGGCUGGCGUCCACCAAGGCCACCGCUGCACCGUGGGCAGCACACACACAUGAUCACAUGACUCUGGACAUGGACGCGGUCCUGUCAGACUUUGUUCGGUCCACGGGGGCAGAACCAGGUCUGGCAAGAGACCUGCUGGAAGGUAAAAACUGGGACCUCAGUGCUGCUCUGAACGACUACGAGGAGCUCAGGCAGGUCCACACUGCCAACCUGCCGCAGGUCUUCAACGAGGGCCGCUACUACAAACAGCCAGAGACACGUGAAACACCCAGCCAUGUCAGCAAGAUCGACAGGCCGUGUGCACAGAAGCAGGAGGACAAUGCACAAGAGAAGCGUCUGUCCCGUGGAAUCUCCCACGCCAGCUCUGCUAUCGUCUCCUUGGCACGGCUGCAGGUGGCGAACGAGUGCACCAGCGAGCAGUUCCCUCUUGAGAUGCCCAUUUACACAUUCCAGCUACCCGAUCUCAGCGUCUACAGCGAGGACUUUAGGAGUUUCAUAGAGAGGGAUCUAAUAGAGCAGUCCACCAUGAUGGCUUUGGAACAGGCGGGACGUCUGAACUGGUGGUCCACCAUGUGCACCAGUUGUAAGAAGCUUCUUCCUCUGGCCACCACAGGGGAUGGUAACUGCCUCCUCCAUGCUGCCUCUUUGGGGAUGUGGGGCUUCCAUGACAGAGACCUGAUGCUGAGGAAAUCUUUGUACACCAUGAUGAAAAGUGGAGCAGAGAGAGACGCUCUGAAGAGGAGGUGGAGGUGGCAGCAAACCCAGCAGAACAAGGAGUCAGGGCUGGUUUACACAGAAGAAGAAUGGGAAAGAGAGUGGAACGAGCUGCUGAAGUUGGCCUCCAGUGAGCCUCGCACUCAUCUCAGCAAAAACGGGAACACCAGUGGAGGAGUGGAUAACUCUGAGGAUCCGGUCUACGAGAGUUUGGAGGAGUUCCAUGUGUUUGUGCUGGCCCAUGUGUUACGCAGGCCGAUUGUAGUGGUGGCCGACACGAUGCUCAGAGACUCCGGAGGAGAAGCGUUUGCUCCCAUCCCGUUUGGAGGGCUCUAUCUGCCUCUGGAAGUGCCUCCGAGCCGCUGUCACUGCUCCCCCCUGGUCCUGGCCUACGAUCAGGCUCACUUCUCAGCGCUGGUGUCCAUGGAGCAGAGAGACCAGCAGCGAGAACAAGCUGUCAUCCCUCUGACCGACUCCGAGCACAAGCUGCUGGCACUCCAUUUUGCUGUGGAUCCUGGUGUGGACUGGGAGUGGGGAAGGGAUGACAAUGACAACACCAAGCUAGCCAGUCUGAUCUUGUCCCUGGAGGCCAAACUCAACCUGCUGCACAACUACAUGAAUGUAACAUGGAUCCGAAUUCCCUCUGAAACAAGGGCUCCCCUGGCUCAGCCAGAGUCUCCUACAGCCUCUGCAGGUGAGGAUGUCCAGUCUCUUGCUGAGUCCAUGGACUCUGACCGCGAGUCUGUCGGCAGCAACUCAAACAUUAACACCGGGAAGCCCAGCAAAGAAAAGGACAAAGACAAGCAGCGCAAGGACAAGAGUCGAACUGACUCUGUAGCUAACAGAUUAGGAAGCUUUAGCAAAACGCUCGGUAUCAAGCUGAAGAAGAACAUGGGAGGUUUGGGAGGACUUGUGCACAGCAAAAUGAACAAGUCGAACUCUGGCUCAGGUCGUAAUGGGGAAAAUGGAGGGGAAAAGGCAAAGAAGAAGGAGUCAAAGGCAACCAAAGGGAGCAAGGAAGAUUCAGGCCAUUCAACCAGCUCCACUUCCUCCGAGAAAGCCACAAGUCCCUCCCCUACAGAUGGAGACAGACCGUCGAGUUCUUCCCCGACUGAGAGACAGGACAGCACGGGGCGAGGCUCAGGGGACAAGUCCUUGGAAAACUGGAAAUACAGCACAGAUGUCAAGCUUAGCCUCAAUAUCCUGCGGGCUGCCAUGCAGGGGGAGCGCAAGUUCAUAUUUGCAGGACUGCUGCUGACCAGCCAUAGACACCAGUUCCACGAGGAGAUGAUCAGCUACUAUCUGACAAACGCCCAGGAGCGCUUCAGCCAGGAGCAGGAGCAAAGGAGGAAGGAGGCAGAAAAGAAGCCUCCUGCCACUACCGAAGUGUCCUCAAAGAAGCCGGAGCACGAGAGCGUCUUCCAGAGGGAGAGGUCUGACAGCUCUCCUCCGGAGAGCUGCUCUCCCGUCCUGCCUCACCACACCUACAGCAACCCGCAACCGUUGCUCAGUCUCAAGACGCAGGGCAGAAACAGUCCCAUUCCUGCAGCCAAUCUCUCUACCGUCCAAGUCCCUCCUCUCACCCCUCCGCCGAGCUCGCAUCACAUCUCCCACCCAGCCCCCGCCUCAGCCCCUGCGCCUUACUCCUCUCCCAGCAUCGGUGCUAAGAGACCCGGACCCAUCCCUGUGUCUGCCCACUACAGCCAUACGCCGCCCAUCCAGAGGCACAGUGUCAUCCACUUACAAGAUGUCAACAUGCAAUCCUCCAUCUUCCAAGAUGACCCCUACAAGCCAGUGGUGGGCACCCUCAAGACAUGCGCCACCUACCCCCAGCAGAACCGCACGCUCUCCUCCCAGAGCUACAGCCCCGCGCGCCUGUCGGGGGUCCGCACAGUCAACACCAUGGACACGCUGUCCUACAACAUGCCCGGCGAACACAAGUCCCACACGUACACCAACGGAUUCAAUGCGGGAGACAUUCAGGACUGCCUCGAGUUCGCCGACGAGGACAGCGUGCCUCACACCUGGCUCGGUCCAGACAAGACCAAAGGGCGGAGCUCCGGGAGCCCUUUGUACUGCUUUCAGCAGCGCCGCUGCAAAAGGGAGAACUGCUCCUUCUACGGGAGGCCGGAGACGGACAACUACUGCUCCUACUGCUACAGGGAGGAGCUGAAGCGCAGGGAGAGGGAGGGCAAGGUCCACAGGCCUGUAUAGCCAUCACCGCUACUUUCAGCAUCAACGCAGCCGCAGGACACCUGAGGGAACAACACCAUCCACUCUCCGCAUUUGGAAAAAAAAAGAAACUAACAAAAAUCAUAAUAUCGAGAAUUUCCUGGGUUUGUUGAGUAAUGCUCGUGCGUUCCUGUCCCCAGUCCCUUGUUACCUCACGACGAGGGAAGCAGAACUUGAAACAGUGAGCAACUUUGGCCAGAUUUUAGGUUGUUUUUUUUUUAGUUCUUUUUACUUCUGUCCCAUCAAAUUUAGCCUUUUACUUGUUUUAGAGUAAAAGUUUACCUCUGUGAUGUAAAUUUAUGUGCAAGAAAGCUCUUUAUUUUUCAAAGUGCAAAAAGAUUUGCAUCUCAUCAGGAAGGGACAUUUUAGCUCUUUUAAUCAGUUGAAUGCAAUACCUCUGCCUGGAGCUCCAUGGGAUAUUUGUAGUUGUUUUGCAAUCAAGAGAAGUUUAAUGGGGGGUUAAUAUUAGACUUUAAAGCAAUAAAUUGGUGAUUUUUUGCUACACUCUCUCCCGGUUUUGUCUAUGCACCAGUAAUAUGGAUACUGUAGGUUAACUGUGUCUUGUGACUCGUAAAGGAACGUCACAGCGUGCUUUUUGUAAACGAAUUUGAGAUACAGAAAUUAAAAACGUGUAAGAGUUUUAGACUGUAAUGUUGGAUUAGAAUGAAAUGUUGAACUCUCAUUUGUUUUGUGUACCUUUUGUUUCAGUUUUUUUUUUUUUUUUGCCAUGUUGAAGGGGUUUGCCGUGUCAGAAUUGGACUCGAAAUAUUGUGUGAUAUCACGUUUCACAUUCUUGCACGUAUCCUAAAAUCCACAAGCACUGCCACGCUGGCUUCUUAACAAAAAAAACAACUAAUUACAAUCAAAAUUCUCAACAUUUUUCUGUGCCAAACACUUUACAACUGCUUCUCAAAUAUGCAGUGAUUGUGGUGUGUCUCUCUGAGUUGCCUGUCGACCAAUCUGCUCCGUAAAUGUGUGUAGAUGAGACAAACUCUUGAGUCGUGACUGCAGGCUGAUGUGUGUGGGUUUUUUUUUUUUUGUUGUUUUUUUUUGGGUUCUUCUUGGUUUUUUUGUCUCAAGUGUUAUUACGUGUCUCUAGCACCCUCCUCCCCCCCUUCCCACACCCACACAACACGACGUGCAAUCAUGCUAACAGCACUACGGUAUGUGGUGACCUGCAGGAAAACGGAAAACAAGUCGCCGGGUCAGCGUGAGGUUAUUGUUCUUCCUCAUCCAGAGGCCGGUUCAAAAUAAGCACCUGCUGCUACGAGCACCUCAAGCCUUUGUGAUCUUCAGUGCUUUAACCAAUCAGUGGGAUUUUUAAAAGAUUUUAAAAAAAGAAACAAAAAGAAACCCGGGGCCUAUUAAGUGCUUUCUGCUCAUUUGACAUGACUACUGUAAAGAUGCAGUGUUUGUGUUGCUGUUUGUCCUGGUGACGCUUGGAUUAUGUGCCAUGCUGUCCUUAACAAAGUGUGUCCUGGCCAAGGAUGUCCACUGCUCCCUGGGUUUGCUUCUGUCUCUCUCCUGUACACACUGCAGUGUUGCUCCCCUCUGUUUCUCUGUGACCAGUUCAUGGACUCCCACCAUGUUAGGACUGUAAGAUAUGAUUUUGUAUUCCUUUGAGAGUUUUACACUACUUUAAAUUAUUAAUUUGCACAUUAGGUACAAAUGUAAAUAUGAAAAAAAAUAGUCUAUUGUUACAAA